CUUUUUCUCCCACAGCGUGAGUGUAUCUCUGUCCACGUCGGCCAGGCUGGUGUCCAGAUGGGCAACACCUGCUGGGAGCUGUACUGCCUGGAGCACGGCAUCAAGCCUGACGGCCACAUGCCCACCGACAAGCCCGGCACCGGCUACGACGACUCCUUCACCACCUUCUUCAGUGAGACCGGCACGGGGAAGUACGUCCCCAGGGCCAUCUUUGUCGACCUGGAGCCCACCGUCAUCGAUGAGGUUCGUACAGGCACAUACCGCCAGCUUUUCCACCCCGAGCAGCUGAUCUCGGGGAAGGAGGAUGCUGCCAACAACUACGCCCGCGGUCACUACACCGUCGGAAAGGAGCACAUCGACUCUGUACUCGACAGAAUCCGCAAACUGUCGGACCAGUGCACAGGGCUGCAAGGUUUCUUGGUCUUCCACUCUUUCGGCGGAGGAACCGGCUCCGGCUUCACCUCCCUCCUGAUGGAGCGCCUCUCGGUCGACUUUGGCAAAAAGUCCAAGCUGGAGUUCGCCAUCUACCCCGCUCCCCAGGUGUCCACCGCCGUGGUGGAGCCCUACAACUCCAUCCUGACCACCCACACCACCCUGGAGCACUCGGACUGCGCCUUCAUGGUGGACAACGAGGCCAUCUACGACAUCUGCCGCAGGAACCUGGACAUCGAGCGUCCUUCCUACACCAACCUGAACCGCCUCAUCAGCCAGAUCGUCUCCUCCAUCACUGCGUCUUUGCGCUUCGACGGCGCCUUAAACGUGGACUUGACGGAGUUCCAGACCAACUUGGUGCCUUAUCCUCGCAUCCACUUCCCCCUCGCCACCUACGCACCGGUCAUCUCCGCAGAGAAGGCGUACCACGAGCAGCUCACCGUAGCCGAAAUCACCAACUCCUGCUUCGAGCCGGCCAAUCAGAUGGUGAAAUGUGACCCCCGCCAUGGUAAAUACAUGGCGUGCUGCCUGCUGUACCGCGGUGACGUGGUGCCCAAAGACGUCAACGUCGCCAUCAGCAACAUCAAAACCAAACGCACCAUCCAGUUCGUGGACUGGUGUCCCACCGGCUUCAAGGUGGGCAUCAACUACCAGCCGCCCACCGUGGUGCCCGGAGGUGACCUCGCCAAGGUUCAGAGGGCCGUGUGCAUGCUGAGCAACACCACCGCCAUCGCCGAGGCGUGGGCCCGACUCGACCACAAGUUUGACCUCAUGUACGCCAAGAGGGCCUUCGUGCACUGGUACGUCGGAGAGGGCAUGGAGGAGGGAGAGUUCUCAGAGGCCAGAGAGGACAUGGCGGCGCUGGAGAAGGAUUACGAAGAGGUCGGCAUCGACUCGUAUGAGGACGAAGAAGAGGGGGAGGAGUAUUAACACGUCACGAAAAGAGCCGUUUUUUAAAGGAAAGGGUAAAGUGUUCAACAGUUUAAAUCUCUUCCAGAAGCCGUCUGAGUGUUAACGUGCAGUUUAGCGGCUGCGAUGAUCUCUAACAGACACUGACAUUACUGCCAAGCAGCGAUUUCUCCGCGCUCGAUCCCAUAGUGUUCGAUUUAUUGAAAAAUGACUCUCUGUUGACGAGGAUCUGCCUUUACCUCCUUUUCUAAAUAAAACUGUUUACACAA